AAUUCAAACCGUCUACAGAAGGACAACUUUUGACAAAGUUGGAGACUGGACUUUAAGACAUCCAGCAGCUGAUUGGUCGUCAAGAAGAAUGUUGCCCUCAGCCACAGGGGAGGAAGAGGAAGAACUCUCAAUCACUCAGGAGGGAGAGCAUCUUCGAGGGCCAGAGGAGGCUUAUAUCACCAGGUUGACUGGUGUCUCUGCAGUAACUGAAAACCAUGAAGACAAACCAUCUGAGUCCUCACAGCUUCACUAUAGUCCUAGUGAGGAGGUGAGAGAGGCGGAGCCACAACCCCUCUAUGAUAAAGUGGAAGACAAGGAGCCAAACCCCUCCUCUGUAAAAGAGGAAGAGGAGGAGCCACAGCCAGGUGGGCUGUCGUUCCUCCUCCUUAAUGUGGGUGACAUUAAAGAGGAAGAGGUAGAGCCACAGCCCCACUAUGUUAAAGAGGAAGAGGAAGAACUCUCGAUCACUCAGGAGGGAGAGCAUCUUCUCGGGCCAGAAGAGGCUAAUCUCGCCAGGUUGCCACUGACUGGUGUCUCUGUGGUGAACGAAGACCAUAAAGACAAAACACCUGAGUCCUCACAGCUUCAUCAUAGUCCAAGUGAGGAGAUGAGAGAGGUGGAGCCUUCAUGCAGCAGCUCACUGCAACACAUGACAACAGAAGCUGAUGGAGACCACUGUGGAGGAUCACAAGCAGACAACCUCUUAGCUCCACUGUCAGAUAGUGACGACACAACGUCACACUCUCCUGAAGAUGAAGACAGCGACUACAACCAAGAAUCUUUGAGCAACGAUACAGACUGUGAAGGUGAUAUGACGACUCACACUGGCAACAAACACUCUGAAAGCGCUAAAAAGAAGACAGGUAAACAUUUUAACUGCUCAGUUUGUGAUAAAAGAUUUUCUUGUAACAGUAAAUUGACUCGACACAUGAGAACACACACCGGAGAAAAACCUUUUAUUUGCUCAGACUGUGGUAAACGCUUCACUCAAAAGACAAAUAUGAAAUCACACAUGAUAACACACAAAGAAGAAAAACCUUUUAUUUGCUCAGGCUGUGGUAAACAUUUUGCUCGAAAGACAAACAUGCAAUUACACUUGAGAACACACACAGGAGAAAAACCAUUUACUUGCUCAGAUUGCGGUACAAGCUUCACUCGAAAGUCAGACAUGCAGUUACACAUGAGAACACACACAGGAGAAAAACCUUUUAGUUGCUCAGAAUGUGGUAGAUGCUUCACUCGAAAGUCAGACAUGCAAUUACACAUGAGAACACACACAGGAGAAAAACCUUUUAGUUGUUCAGACUGUGGAAAACAUUUCACUCAAAAGACAACCAUGCAAUCACACAUGAGAACGCACACAGGAGAAAAACCCUUUAGUUGCUCAGACUGUGGUAAACGCUUCACUCACAAGACAACCAUGCAAUCACACAUGAGAACACACACAGGAGAAAAACCUUUUAGUUGCUCAAAUUGUGGCGCCACAUUUUCUUGGAAGUCCUCUUUGAAAAAACACAUGCAGAGUCACUGAUGGUCUACUGUUUGCCUCGCCUGACUUCCAUGCAGGCGCUGUGUUGUCACUGUGUUGUAGUAUUCUUUGCACGUGUCUUUGUUCAGUAAAUCCAUCUUGUUUUUAUUAAUGUGCAAAAGAAAGACGUGGUGACUGUAGUGGUUUCAUUUGUAGUUAAAGGUGCUUUAUUUGACUGUAUGCUGUCAUCACUAAAUGCUGUAACUGAUAAAAUCACUUCCUGUUGGAUUACUUCCAGAUUUGAUCUGGAAAGUAGUGAUUUGAUUCCUUUGAAGGAUUUGUGUGAGAGCAAAAUAGUAGUUUUUGCUAUUUUUUUUUAUU